AUGUCACAAGGAUAUACUGAAGAUUAUAAAAUGAAAAAGUCUCCAGUGAAAAAGGUAAAAGAUGAUCGUAAACAAUUUGGUUCCAAACGAUUACCAAUAGUUCUAGCCAAACGUGAUGGGUCUAUCGAACGAAUUCAAGAGCCUGAAAAGUGUCAUUCUCAACCAACAAUAUUAAUUAAGCCUCGAGAUACAGAAAAUAGAUCUUUGUCACCUACUCAGAAGUGCAUUCCUCAAACCAUUAUUAAGAAGGAAGAACCUUAUCAGCCAUGCUUACAAAAAUCAGGAAAUGAAGAACAAGUACAACCUCAGACAGAUAUGAAAGCCCCAGUUAAAGUGAUUGAUGAUUAUAUGCAAUUUAUCAAUGAAGGUUUAAGUAAUUGUUUACUUGACCAGACGGAUUUCUUAGUUAUUGGCUGUCUGGGUUUACAAGGUGUUGGAAAAUCUACACUUAUGUCUGAUAUUGCGAACAAGCCAAAUUUAUUUGCUACUUCUACAUCUGAAUAUCUAGAAACUACACAAAACUGCACCGCUGGUAUUGAUGCAUAUAUAACUAAAAAUAGAAUUAUUUUAUUGGACUGUCAACCAAUAUUAUCAUCAUCCGUUGCCUAUUCAGCUAGCCAUAAGCGAAUGGGUCAAUCUAUAGAUCAAUCGGGCUUACUAGUUGAUAAUGAAAUGAUUUCCUUGCAGUUGGCUGCAUUUUUAUUAUCAGUCUGCCACGUAGUGUUAUUGGUGCAAGAUUGGUUUUUCGAUCCAAAUAUAUUUAAAAUAUUGCAAACAGCAGAAAUGUUAAAACCGGCAAUGCCUACUUCCCAUCGCAAUGAGGAAUUAGUAGAAUAUUUUCCUCAUAUUGUAUUUGUACAAAACAAAUCAUUUUACUCUGAUUUCAGUAUUGAGCAUAUUAAAACAGUGCAACACGUUUAUUCACAAUUAUUUGCACGAUCUCGUCUUCAUAUCCAAAGUGGAAUCAGUAUUGCAAAUGGCAAUGUUAUAAGUGAAUUAAACCCAUUUAAUUGUGGUGAACCAAUUAAUUUGUUUGUCUUAGCUAACAGUGAAAAGGAUAAUAACUCUGAAAAGAAUGGUUAUCAUAAAAUGCAUCCAGGUCAACCAAUUUUGAUGCAAGAAUUCAGAAAACAACUACUAGGCUUACCGAUAUCACCUCUCACACAUAACCAAUUAACAGAAAAAACAUGGUUUCACUAUUGUGCCAAAGUAUGGGAUUUAAUAAAAAAAAGUCAAUUCUUUAAUGAGUAUAAUAGACUUCAUACAUAA